UUUCCUGGACAAACAGAUUCAAGAGGUCGAGGUGGAGCUGUGGGUGAUGCAGAAGCCAAGAUAGAUCUUGGCUUGCCACAUAUAACAAGUGAGAUUAUGAAAGUUGCAGUUGAGAGACAUCAGAAAGGCUUGAUGCAUCCUCAUAUAUAUCAGAUCCUGACUCAG